AUGAAAGCGGUACACACAGCUCCGCAGUCCGGAAACGAUCACGUAUUUUCUGGGAAUCGAUCACCCACUUACUGAGGAAUUUUAUCACAAAAAUCGGUCAAUAAACUGCAUUUGAAAUAAUCAUGGAUAACAGCAACCCAACGCCCGAUAAUGCGCUGUGGACACUUCAGGGUCGGGACCGACCAAGUCCCGCCCAGAGGUUGCACAACCUCACCUCGGCCGCCGCAUCGAACUCAUCUGCCGGUCUGCCCCUGCCCCAGAACAUCUUCACCAACCCAGCCAUCCAGCCUUCCAGCGUGAUCAACCUCAAUCACUCCACCGACGUGGUGAUCGGUCCCAUGACCCAGUACCAGGGACCGGUAUCCAUAUACUAUAUGGACUACAUGGAGGCACACGCCAUGCAAACGGCAGCAGGUGAGUCCCCGCUCCUGAAUGCAGUGGAAAAAUGUAAAUACAGUUGGCAAUCUAGAAAGUAA